UGUCAGCCAACGAGGGUUUGUGUUUCGACUUUUGAGUUACGAUAUAAAAUCAUUCAAAUAAAGUACAUUGGAUAAUCUGGGUAGAGGGCUUCAGGGGCUUAGGAGACUUCUCUUCUUCUGCUUCCAUGGCUUUCUGGGGAGUUGAAGUGAAACCCGGAAAACCGUUCACUCAUAUAGCUGAUAAUGCUAAAGAUAGGCUUCACAUUUCCCAGGCAACUCUUGGAACUGGAACUGCUACUAAGAAAAGUGUAGUUCAGUGUAAUGUAGGAAACAAGAGUCCUGUGUUCCUGUGCUCUUUGUUUCCUGAGAAGGCUGAGUCUUGUCAAUUGAAUUUGGAAUUCGAGGAGGCUAAUGAAGUUGUAUUUUCAGUUAUUGGCCCUCGAAGUGUUCAUCUCACUGGCUAUUUUUUGGGUAGUGGUGGUCAGUACUAUAAUCUUAAUGAUGAAUCGGAAUCAUUUGGUGAAGAUAUUGUGGACACUGAAACAGAAAGAUCUACAGGCCAUAGCGAUGAAGAUAAGUAUGAGGAUAGUUUUAUUGAUGACAGCGAUCCAAAGCUCUUCUCACCUUCUCCGCUUUCUGAUGAUAAAGUUCAAGAAUUUGAGGCACCAGACAAAAGAAAACCUGAGAAUGUGAAGGAAAGUCGAAAACGACUUAGGAAGAAGUACCAAUUGAGCGAGACUGAUGAUGAUGUUGAUUCUCAAGAACAUACAAAUGCUAAUGGUACAACAUCACUGGACAGUGAGGGUGAAGAUGUUUUGCCAAUAUCCUCUCUUUGCAAGGGUAGUCCUGCUACUAGGAGAGGAAAAUUGGAAGAUGAAAAAUUUGUUGAGGAAAAUGGCGACACUAAUCCUGCUACUAAGAAUGGAAAUUUUGAAUCUGAAGAUAAACCUGUCAAGAAAAGCUGUGGGGAAACCAACAGUGACUCCAAGGAUGAGGAGUUUUGUUUCACUAUAAUGGAAAGAAAAGUAGAUGAUUUUGACACUGCUGAGCCCAAAAGGCCUAACUCCGGUGAUUCUGUGCUGCCUGCUGUUGAGGUGAUCCCCAAAAAUGGUGCAAAGCCUAAGAAGAAAAAGAAAGAACGGUCUAAGGAUGGAAAGGAUAUUAAUUCUGAUGGUUGCUGUAAUGUCUUUAAAGAGGAUAAAGCCCAUCAAAUUGAGGCAGAGGCUGAGAAAAAUUUUCAAAAUUUGUCUGUGAGAAAUGAAGAAAACGAAAAGAAUUCUUAUCAUGACAGUGGUGCUGACUGGCCACCUGAUUCGAUGCCACCUUCUGCCCAGACAGGUCCUGAAAGUGAUGCAAAGCUAAAGAAGAGGAAAAGGAAAGACUCUGCAGAGAAAAGGUUUAAAGCUGACAGUAAUCAGCAUACCAAUGUUAUCAUAGAGAAUAUCGCCUUGCAAGAUGAAGUGAAGCCCAACAGCACAGACCAGGAUCUGCCUGCGAGAAAUUAUUUAAAUGAGAAACAAGCUCAUGAUAAGAUUUUUGACAAUGAUGUUGUUCAAUCAGCUGAUGAGAAUAAAACAGAGGAGAAGAAAAAGAAAAAGAAGAAAAGAAAAACCAUUGAGGAUGCAAGGAUUAUGCAUAGGCAAACACCUCUGCUACCUAUGGAUGAAAAGAGUGGAUUAGUUCCGGAUGCUGAAAAGAGCUCUGAUAGCAAAUUGCCUCAGCUUAGGACAUUGUCUAAUGGAGUUGUAAUUCAGGAACUAGAAAAGGGAAAAUCGGAUGGUAAAGUUGCCUCUUCAGGGAAAAAGAUCAGUGUGCUCUACACUGGGAAAUUAAAGGAGAAUGGACAAGUGUUUGAUUCCAAUCUCGAUGGCGCUCCUUUUAAGUUUCGCUUAGGUGGGACAGACGUUUUAGAUGGUUUCAAUGUUGGUCUUGAAGGUAUGCGAGUUGGUGAGAAAAGAAGGAUCAUUCUACCGCCAUCAAUGGGUUAUGGAAGUGAAGGAGGCAAUAAGACUGUUCCACCAAACGCUUCACUGGUAUUUGAUGUGGAAUUGGUUAAAGUCCAUAAAUGAUUUUGAUUUGCCGGCCAUCAAACUGCCUAUAUGUUAUGGGGUUGAAUUUUGAUUUCUGAGUGUCAACCCUGAAAUUUUGUCAUGGGAAAGCUACAUUUCUGCUCGUGUUUGUUAUAGUUCUUUAAUUCGACUUCAAAGGCUGAUUGUGAAGAAAUGUUUUGAGUAAUAUUCCCACACGCAACUCCUAUAGACAAUCGAUAUCCAUUUUUGUCACAA